AAAGUGACAAUCAACAAUGCCUCGAAUCUCACGUUAUUCUUCUUUUCAUGCGGUGUGUGGCAGCGGGUCUGGAGCGCUGGGUCUGUGACAGGAAGUUCGACGGCUCAAAUAAUCCAAUUGCGUUUCUCCGCCGUUGGGCCCUAGAGGAGGAACCUUAACUUCAAUUGCUCUAGGUACUGUCUAGUCCUGCUUUCUUAACUUUACUCGCUUUGGAUGAAAACGACUGAUAAAUAAAUGACGCGCAUACGCGGAUUCGAUUCCGCGUCGCCGAGCGAAAGCGCGCCCCCGUGAAGAGUGCGAACCUGCUGCACGGCGCCCAGGCGGCUCAUUGUCACACAGCAGAAAGGCAGCUUUACGGCUUCGCCCGUCAAGAACCAUCGCGAUCGCGGUGCGGGAUUUUUAAACCACUCCUCCAGCACGUUUGGAGACUCCGAGGGCUCUGGAGCCUGGCGGAGCGUGGGCCGUCCGCAGGGGAAGGCGCCCUUACAGCGCGGCCGCGGCCGGGCUGCGGAGGGCGAAUGGUGUCGGGCGACGGCUGUCCCUCGAGGAGCUGCUUCUGCACAUGGAGGAAGCCCAGACCUUUCCGAUGAAAGGCUUGGAUUGCGCCGGUGUGGCUGAUCUCCGUAAGGGGUGUGGUAACCUUGCACCCUCCUGACGCCCCUCCUUCUCUCGUCAGCCCCUGCCCGCCGGUUCUGAGCGCAGGAACAGACCGGCCCGUCCCUCUAAGUUGGCACCAUGGAGCUGCUGUGGGUGAUGCUCCCCCUGUUCGGCGCCGCAGUGGCUAUUCACAUGGACGUAGUGGAGAGCCAUAGCGCGUUCAGCUGCGAGCCCAUCACCCUGCGCAUGUGCCAGAAUCUGUCCUACAACACCACCUUCAUGCCCAACCUGCUGAACCACUACGACCAGCAGACCGCCGCCCUGGCUAUGGAGGGGCUCCUCAGGACUGGGCCCUUUCUGUGGAACAAAGAGCGAGGCAUUCAGAGCUCACUGAGGAUGUGGGAUUCUGGCUCUAGCAGUAAGAAUCUGCGGCGUAGAAUGGAGGAUGUGAGCCGGCCAGCCGCAGAAUGGAGGUCCCCCCCCGAUGUAACCAUGACAGCCGCCUGUGGCAUUUCUGUGGACGCGUGCAGAGCCCAGCGCCUGCCAAUAAGACCAGCCGCUGUGAGGUUAUCUGCAUGCAGACGCUGGCCGGUGGCACCCGAUGAAUGGCCUUUCCACCCCAUGGUGAAUCUGGAGUGCUCCCCGGCCAUGCGGCCCUUCCUCUGCGCCCUCUUCGGCCCGGUGUGCACGGAGUACGGCCGUCUGUCCCUGCCCUGCCGCCACCUCUGCCACCACGCCAAGCGCGACUGCUCCAAGCUCAUGGACGUGUUCGGGGUCUCCUGGCUCGAGGAGAUGGAGUGCAGCAGGUUCCCUGACUGCGAGGAACCGUACCCACGUGCCGUUGACCUGCAGUCCAAGGCUACCAGCACCGAAGACUCCCUACUGUCUGUUCAACGUGACUAUGGCUUCUGGUGCCCAAGGGAGCUGAAGAUGGAGCCCGAGCUGGGCUACUCGUUCCUGGGGGUGCGUGACUGCUCGCCGCCCUGCCCCAACAUGUACUUCCGUCAAGAUGAACUCCGCUUCGCCCGCUACUUCAUUGGCGUCGUCUCCAUCGUCUGCCUGUCUGCCACCCUCUUCACCUUCCUCACCUUCCUCAUUGACAUCACCCGCUUCCGCUACCCAGAGCGGCCCAUCAUCUUCUACGCUGUGUGCUACAUGAUGGUAUCGCUGGUGUUCUUCCUGGGCUUCCUGUUGGAGGACCGUGUGGCCUGCAAUGCCGCCAGCCCUGGCCAAUACCGCGCCUCCACCGUCACCCAGGGCUCGCACAACAAGGCCUGCACGCUGCUCUUCAUGGUGCUCUACUUCUUCACCAUGGCCGGCAGUGUCUGGUGGGUCAUCCUCACCAUCACCUGGUUCUUGGCCGCCGUGCCCAAGUGGGGCAGCGAGGCCAUCGAGAAGAAGGCCCUCCUCUUCCACGCCUGCGGCUGGGGCAUCCCGGGCACACUCACCGUGACCCUGACCGCCAUGAGCAAGAUCGAGGGCGACAACGUGAGCGGCGUGUGCUUCGUGGGCCUCUACGACGUGGCGGCCCUGCGCUGGUUCGUGUUGGCGCCCCUUUGCAUUGACGUGCUGCUGGGCGUGGUGCUGCUCCUGGCCGGCAUUGCGGCGCUCAACCGCGUGCGUAUGGAGAUCCCGCUGGAGAAGGAGAACCAGGACAAGCUGGUCAAGUUCAUGAUCCGCAUUGGCGUCUUCUCCGUGCUCUACCUGGCACCCCUGCUGGUGGUCAUCGGUUGUUACUUCUAUGAGCAAAGCUACCGGGACAUGUGGGAGACCAGCUGGGUGAUGGAGCGCUGCCGCGAGUACCACAUCCCCUGCCCCUACCGGGUGGAGGAGACCAGCCGGCCCGACCUGGUGCUCUUCCUCAUGAAGUACCUCAUGACGCUGGUGGUGGGAAUCCCCUCUGUCUUCUGGGUGGGCAGCAAGAAGACCUGCUUGGAGUGGGCUGGCUUCUUCCGAGGCCGCCGCCGCAAGGAUGCUGUGAACGAAAGUCGGCAGGUUCUCCAGGAGCCCGAUUUUGCGCAGUCCCUACUGCGGGACCCCAACACACCCAUCGUAAGGAAGUCCCGUGGCACCUCCACGCAGGGCACCUCCACCCACGCCUCCUCCACUCACCUGGCCAUGCUGGAUGACCUGCCCAGCAGAGCCGGCAGCGUGCACAGCAAGAUGAGCAGUUACCACGGCAGCCUGCGGCGAUCACGUGAUGGCAGGUACACCCCAUGCAGUUACCGCGGCAUGGAAGAUCGUUUGCCCUAUGGCAGCUUCCCUCACCUGCCCGCCCUCGACCAAUCGCGACACGGCAGCAUGCAGCGCCUCGACAGCCAAUCGCGGCACAGCAGUGUGCGGGAUCUGAGCAACUCCCAGGCCACUCACAUUACCCACGGCACCACCAUGAACCGCGUGGUGGAGGAGGACGGCGCCAGUGCGUGACCUCAGGGUGUACAGGCCUGACAGGGAGUUCCUGUUCCUCCUCAGGGAGGAAGGCGAGAUAACCUUGACCAUUCAGGGAUCCUCUAUGCUGGAACAGUGACUUGGGCCAAUGGACUAAUAGUGAAACAGGCGCCCCAGUCAGCCAGUCAGGGGGCUUGAUGUCAUACAAAGGCAGGUAAUAUGGGAAACAGGAGGGACUCCCAGUAAACAUGGUUCUGGUCUCCUGCCAUUCUGGGACUUAAAUGAGACGUGAAAAAGAAGCCAUUUCCACUCGUUUGCUAUGGUGCACUAUCCUCAGAUCAGAAUGUCAGUUCUGCACAUCAAAAGGGGCUCUAGCCUGCAAACUUCAGCAGGGACACGUGCCUGCAUCCAUUGCAGAAGAAGUACACCCUUAUUGUUUUGCAUUUCUGUCCCAAAAGGUACUUCAGUUUCCAGGCAGCCAUUGAGAAGUCCUCUACACACCCACUUGUCUGGUUGUAACUUGAUCGAACGCUGUACGGGGCCGAGACUGAGGAAGGCCACACCCUUUGUGCCUGUGAGCGGAGGUGUAACAGGAAGCAGGACGCGAGAGCAGGGAAUUGUCAGCACUUGUAGAUCAUAAGCCCCAGGUUGACCGUCCUUACACUGUAUCAUCGGGCCUCCAGUGAUGUUUUGGUGGCCCAGAGGCCUUCCUCACGUGCUGAGAGGUCACUGCUGCUCUCACUGACAGAGGAGGACCUGAUCCCUGACACAUCUCUGAAAUGAUGGUUUGCCUUGCUUCUAUCUAACAUUCAUGCAAUAUCACAUUUCCAUCGAUUUCUCCAAAAUGGAUUCCCCCACCAAAAUCACAGACAUCAACACUUCCUUGGUUUUAAGCAUCUUUCAACCUUCCCUGAAUGUUUAUAAUAGCUGGAAUGUCUUAAGGUGUGUUUUCUUAUCCAGCUCCAGGCUGAUAGAUACAUCACUUUUAAUAUAGUCAGCGCCAUGAACAAUGAGCACAGUUUGUCCCUCGUGAAUUUGUCCAUCCAUAGCCUGUUCAGAGGUUUUACCCAGGGUCGUCCUCAACUGCUUACGCUGUUCAGGCAACGGAAUGUAAAAAAUACACAAGUACCUCUUUCUCCCCUCUUUCUGGUCUUCAGACCGAUUCCUUCAUUUUUCUCCCUUGUCUAGUGUAGGUUUAUCUUUAAGAUAAGACGCUGCUGAGAUUUGACUACUGAUUCUUCCAUUUCCUUUGACCGUGGAGCCCACCGAUAAAAGGGAAGAAGAGCGAGUAAACGUCUCUGAGCCCAUCAGCGCGUGUUAGUGGUUUAAAUGUUACACACCUAAGGUAGCUUUUACACUAUGGAAGGCAGAUGUAGGUUUGUGUUGUGCCCAGUAGGGGGCAUCAGGCUGCAGAAAUGAUCAGGGAGGGGCGGUUUGACGGACACUUUCCCUACUUUAGUGAACAGAAACAGGUUAAUUUCACUUUGAUUACUUGUAAAAUGUGUAAAAGAAAAAAAAAAAAAGUUUUAGUAUUUUGUAAAGAAUAAAAAAAGUUUUCGUACAGAGA